UCUUUUCUUUUCUUUUUUUUUUUUUUUGUUUUUGUUUUUUACGAUGAUUUCAAUCCAAUCCACCAAAGGCUUUUUUUUUUGACAACACUUGAUAUUUGACAUGAUAUAAAAUCAAUGGGAUUUUAUUUCAUAUUUUUCUUUUUCUCUUUCAUUUCCUUUUCUUUUUUUUAUCAUUCAAGUUUGAAUAAGCAACAUUUUUUUUUUAUGAUGACAAGAUUUAGUAUUACUACUGCCAUUUUGAUGCUAGCAGCUGGUGCGAUGGCCCAAAGUAAGAAAUAAUAUAGUAUGUUAUAUUUUUUUUUCUCUAAUCUAUUUUAUGAUUAGUAUCAGCUGAUGAUGUAUGCAAUAGAGAUUUCAAGGCAAUGACACAAGAUGAUUUGGAUACGUUGAAAGGAUGUGCAACAUUCACAGGCACCAUUACAAUUGACGGAUCAGCCUCCGAAGAAUUAGCUUUGGUCGGCAUUCAAGAGCUUAAAGGCAAUUUAAUCCUUGCUGGUAAUCCAGCUCUACGUACAUUCCAAGCUCCACAACUCACCAAAGUGAAAGGUGAAUUACGCAUCACUAAUCAAACUGUACUUGGCAAAUUACAAUUACCUUCUCUGAUUGAGACUAAAUCCUUGACACUUUCUGUACUGCCUGCUUUGGAGCAUAUGGAUUUCCCUGCUGGAUUAGUAUCUGUCGAUGAUGCUCAUCUUCAAGAUACUCGUGUGCCUACCGUCACUGGUUUCAAGCCCGAAAAAAUGCAUUCUUUUGCCUUAUUGUCUAAUAAUUACUUGAAGACUUUUGAUUUCUCUUCUGUUAAGGAACUGACCGGUUCGAUGAAUGUUGCUUCCAAUGGUAAUUCUUUGGAUUUCCAGGCCAAUCAAUUGACAUCGAUCGAAGCAGGCGAUUUCCGUAAUUUGGCACAAUUAAGCAUGCCAAAAUUAACGCGAGUAGCAGGAGAUAUCACCUUCCAUGACAAUGAAUUCACUAGUCUUCAAUUAGAUCAAAUCGAUAUGGUGAAGGGUACCUUGACGAUUGCAAACAAUAACAAAUUGACACAAACAUCCUUCCAACAUCUGAUCAGGGUAGGAGGUGCGUUCUCGAUCGGCAACAAUACACAAUUAAGUAGUGUUGAAGGUUUCCCUUCCUUGAAUGAGGUGGAUGGCACGAUUGAUAUCGCGGGUAACAUUGAUACUUAUGCACUGCCAGUGUUACAAGAUGUACGUGGAGGUAUGCGACUACAAACAACCAGUGGUAAACUCCAAUGUCAGGAAUUGGAAAGAAAGAUGAAAGGUGAAAACGUUGUUAAAGGUAAUACUUGGAGCUGUGGUUCCGGUAUGCAAGAAUCUCAGAUGCAACCUACCUUGGGUCAAGAUCCAAAUGCUGGU